ACACUAGAUAGAAACUGUUUGGUAUUGUAUGCACCCUCUUAUCAUCUUUUCUCUCUUCCCCACACAGGGCAUUAUUGAGAAGUAUGGCUUGGCACUGCAAUCAUCAGGGUUCUUUGCUGGGUAUGACAUCAACAUCAACGCAGGCAUUGCCAAUUCUGUGUCGUCGCAGGCCCUCAAAUUUGUGGCCUCUCUCCUGCCAAAUACUGUGGCUUAUUUUGAUGAGGAGAAGGUGAAAGAGCGUCCCAUCACAGACACCUUCUAUGCUCCCUUUGACCUUUACAAGCCCAUUAGAGGUGGUAAGUACUUGUUAAUAUAUUUUGGUGAUAGAGAAAAGCAGGUAGACAAAAUUACAAGUAUUCAAAAUUUUUUCCUUUUUCCUUAUCUUAUUUUACUUCCUCCUCAUUGUGCCAAUUUGUUUCCUUACCUCUGCAAGUAUUGAUUAUUGUGUCUAUCUAUCCACCUGUCUGCCUGCUUGUCUAUCUGCCUGCCUGUCUACGGUCAGCGACACACACAAUCGGACCUCCUGCCGAGACACGAGCAAGAAAGUUUCCUCAUUGGCUGACGAAAUGCCCCUGGUUGUAAAGUAUGGCUGUCAUUGGCUGGAGGUCUGAUGGUGGUUGUUGAUGGCUGUAUUUGUGGUGAUGGUGAUCUAUUAUUAUUAUGUCUGUUUUGUUAUAUGUUGUGUUUAUGCAAAAUGUUUUGUGUGUUUUUGAGAAUGUGUCCUGGAAAUUUUUGGUUACAAGGAAAUGCAUAUUGAUAUACAAUGUCUCUCUCUCUCUCUCUCUCUCUCUCUCUCUCUCUCUCUCUCUCUCUCUCUCUCUCACAAAAAGCUGACAAUAUUAAUUUGGAAUUUUGUUAAGGGAGGAGGGUGAAGGAAAGGCUCUUUUACCUUGGACUUGGAUUCACUUGCUGUGAUAGCGAAAAUGGCCCUAAACCAAAAUGUGUUGUUUGUGGCUUGGAGUUAUCAAAUGAAUGUAUGACUCCACAGAAAAUGAAGAGACAUUUAUCAACUAAGCAUCGUCACCUGACACAGAAACCUAUAUAUUACUUUAAGAGACUCUUGAAAGAAAACAAACAACAAAGUCUUGGGUUUGAGAAAAAAGUGAAGGUAGCAGAAAAGGCACAGAAAGCAAGCUACUUAGUAGCAGAACAAUCAGUAAAAGAAAUGAAACCCCAUUCAAUUGCAGAAUCCUAUUUUCUUCCAGCUUGCUGUUCUGUAGUGAAAACUUUGUUUGGGGACGAGGCUGAAAAAGAAGUGAAAAAAAUUCCUCUCUCAAACGAUACGAUUGGCAGACGAAUCAAGGAUAUGUCAUCUGACAUUGAGAAAAGUGUGUGCGAACUGGUGAAAGAUAAAACGUUUGCCUUACAAGCGGACGAAUCAACAGAUAUUGGAGGGAAACCUCAGUUACUUGUGUUGAUGCGUUUCAUUGAUGAUAAGAAAAUAACCGAGCAAUUCUUGUGCUGCAAAGAACUAAGUCAAACAACAGGACAGGAAAUAUUUUCUACAGUGACAGAAUAUUUGGUAGAAAUGGACUUAAAUGGAAAUUAUGUGUAGGAAUUUGCACAGAUGGUUGUCCAUCAAUGGUGGGGUCAGUAAAGGGUUUUGUGUCUUUAGUGAAGAAGGAAAAUCCAUUUCUGAUUACCACACAUUGUUUCUUGCACCGUGAAGCUCUUGUUGCUAAACCACUUGGACAAGAUUUAAAAUUUGUUCUUGAUAAUGUCGUGAAAAUGGUGAACUUUAUUCAAAGUAGACCAAAGCAGUCAAGAUUAUUUUCCAGUCUUUGCGAAGAAAUGGGAUCUGCCCACGAAGGUCUUCUCCUCCACACGGAAGUUCGGUCAUUGUCAAGAGGCAGAGCGUUAUCCCGUGUGCAUGAACUAAGAGAGGAAAUUCUUCUUUUCUUUGCUCUGGAAGAGAAAACAGAAUUCUGCGAAUUACUGGCCGACGAAAUUUGGAAUGCAAAAUUAUGUUAUUUGGCAGAUAUAUUUGAGCAUUUGAACAAGGUGAAUUUAAGUAUGCAAGGGAGAAAUGAAAAUAUGUUAACAUGCACUGAUAAAAUGCAGUCAAUGAAAGAAAAAAUCAAGGUUUGGAAAGACAGGUCAAGUGAAGGUAAUAUUGACAUGUUUCAAAAGACUGCUGCAGCAAACAACACAGACAUUGUUCCACUCAUUACAGACCACCUUACAAGUCUAGAAAGGAGCAUUGAAAAAUACUUUUCAAAUAUAUCUACUGAAAGUUAUGAUUGGCUGAGAAAUCCAUUGGUGCUCGAUCCCUUACACAAGCCUCAACUUAGCACUCACGAAGAAGAGGAACUAAUUGAUAUCCGAAACGACCGCAUGCGGCCCGCCACACUACUACGUGCGGCCCGCGGCACGUCUCAUAUUUCAGUCUUACAGUUGGUCUUUUUACAGGAAUGAUUAAGCCAGCCAGCCCUUUGCAUUUUAAAGUCAUUAUAUAAAGAUAUAAAGAUACUAUUAUAUUUUUUGGGCGGUGACGUUCCUCUGUGGUAUAGUAACUCCCAACCUCGUCAAGUGUGUGCGUGUGUGUGUGUGUCCGGCUCGCCGCCACCCGCCAACAUUCUCUCUCUCUCUCUCUCUCUCUCUCUCUCUCUCUCUCUGUGUGUGUGUGUGUGUGUGUGUGUGUUAUUGUUAAAAGUAUUUUUCUUAAUUAAAGUAAGUGAUUGCAAACACAAUGUCACCAGCAGGAACUUUACCAUCUGCUUCAAGUUUUCUAUCGUGUUUUGUAGUGAACGAAUUAUUCUCAUAUAUUUUUACGUAAAUCAUGUGACCAUUUCGUCUCGUGGACUGCGUUCCAAAGCCAGUGACUACAGGUGACGAGAAUACACGUAGUCGUACGGGCCCUGCUCCGUAAUAUACACGUGUUAGACGUGACCAUAACUCGUCAUUCCUCCGUCUCACCGAGAAUCGGCCUCCGACUCGAGUCCUGCUUUGUCCUUCGAGAGCGUCACAGCGUCAGAUUUUGGCGCGACUCUUACUGCACAUCAUCUCAUCAUGAUUUCCAAGAAGCGAACAGUUACUGAAGAACAUCGUGUGAUGCAGGAAAAGUGGAAAAUAUCUUUAUUUUUUGCUGAAGUGAAUGGAAAACCAACUUGUUUGAUUUGCAACCAAAUUAUAGCGGUGUCAAAAGAAUAUAACAUUCGGCGACAUUACACAAGCACUCAUGCUUCAAAGUAUGAUGUGUAUAGUGGAAAACUUUGCGAAGAAAAAGUAAAGACGCUAGAACAGUCUCUCAAAAGGCAGCAGUCAGUGUAUCAGCGUGUUCACGAAGCCAGCGACACUGCAGUACGGGCAAGUUAUAGGAUUGCACGGGAAAUAGCUGCGUCAUCGAAACCAUUUUCAGAAGGGGACUUUAUAAAGAAAUGCACGACGACGGCCGCAGAAGAUAUUUGCCCCGAAAAACGUAGAUCAUUUGCAAACAUAAGCCUUUCAAGAAAUACAGUUGCAGAAAGAGUAAAUGAACUGUCAGAAAAUCUUAAUAGUCAGCUCAAAGAAAAAGUUGCUAAAUUUGUAGCAUUUUCUGUAGCAAUCGAUGAAAGUACAGACAUUACUGACAUAGCUCAACUAGCAGCAGUGUUCAUACGUGGUGUUGAUGAAAAUAUGCAGGUAAGUGAAGAAUUUGUGGAAUUAGUACCAAUGAAAGGAACAACAACAGGGGAUGAUAUAUUUGUGAGUUUGACUGGUGCACUUGAUAGGAUAGGUGUUGACUGGAAGAAAACUGUGAGUCUGACAACAGAUGGAGCAUCUCAAAUGGUUGGUAGAAAGGCUGGCGUGACAGCAAAGUUAAAGGAAAAACUACUCACCCUGAAUUCAGACCAUCAAAUUCACAGUGUUGAUUGCAUAAUUGACAGGGAUUAAUUAUUAAUUAUUGUAUUGUUAGAAAUACUGAUUGAAAAGGAAGGAAAAAAAAACUCAUUAAUGUACCACCGGUGGUACAUGUGGCGGUUACUGAAGGUACGAAAUGUACCAUCGGUGGUACAUACGGCGGUAAACGUGUUAAUCUAACCUAACCCAACCCAACCGCUUAACCCUAUAAGGACCAUUGGAACAAUUAUGAACCACUUCAAAAGCGUGCUUUUCCUUGGAUGAAAUUCCCUCGUAGAGGCGUGUCCGUCCGGCGGUACAUUUUUGCACCACAUCAGAAAACAUCACUCACACGAUAUGUGGAAAAAAAGCUCUCGUUUCUGUGUAACAGCAGUUGACUCGUGACCACCAGAGGGGGAGGACGUAGUGACUGAUCCUCCGUUUUCAACGAUUUUUUUGGACGACUCAUAGGUAAGCCAGGUCACUACAAAAAUUAUGAUAUAUCCCAUAUAUUCAGUAGAAUGUGUUUAUAAUGUUGGCCUGACUUUGGAUUAUAUUACUGUAAUGUAAAAAGGUGUUUUUAAAUGGUUCAAAAAUGUACCAGUGGGUCAUUCUGUUUCCUCAGAUAUGGACACGUCACAGUUCUAUGGAGGCAGGUUUAAAGUUGAUUGUGACACAAAGCAAUUUGUAUGCAACACAACAAAAUGUAAACAAGCCUCUGAAGCUGGAUAAAGAUGAGUUGGAACAAUUUCUAGGGACUGUCUUUCUUAUGUCCUUGUUCAAAAUAUCUAACACUAGGCUUUAUUGGAGUGGGGUGCUGGAAUUCGAUUCCGUAUCCAAAGUUUUCAGUAGAAGGCGAUGGGAAGAAAUAAAAAGCUCUCUACAUUUCAAUGACAACACUCAGGCACCUGACAGGACUGGUCCCAAUGCUGACAGGCUUUUCAAGGUUCGCCCAGUACUUGACCAUUUGCAAUCAAAAUUUCGCAGCAUCCCAAUGCAACAAAUGUGCUGCAUUGAUGAAAUGAUUGUUCCCUUGAAAGGAAAUUCUUACCUAAAGCAGUACAUCCCAUCCAAACCACACAAAUGGGGUUUCAAGGUAUUUGCUUUGUGUGAUACCUCUGGGAUCUUGAAUGACUUGCAUGUUUAUGAUGGGCCCCUAAAGCCAGUCCAAGGUGAACCGGAUCUGGGUCCAUCAUCCAAUAUAGUUCUGCAGUUGGCGCGCACAAUCCCAGUAAAUGCAAACCAUUUGUUAUACCAUGACAAUUGGUUCACAUCUCCUAAACUAAUGGCUCAUUUAGCAACGAAGCAGAUCUACUCUCUGGGUACUGUGAGACAAAACAGACUGAAAGGGAUAGGAAAUGUUCUGCCUACAGAUAAGGAAAUGUUGAAAAAGCAAAGGGGGUCUCAUGUAGAGGUAAGCACAACUUACGAUGGAGUAGAGUUACGUGCAAUGAAAUGGGUAGACAAUCGUUGUGUGACUCUCCUCACAAGCUUUUCAUCUGCUCAACCUUUGGGAACAUGUAAGAGGAGGAGGCAGUAGACACCUGCCGAAACGAUAAUUACUCCCAGUGAGGUCUAAAACACUGUUCAGGGGGUGCUGUGAACUUAUCAUUAAACCCAGCUGUGACCUCACUGAACGUUUCCCUUUGUGUCUCACAACACAAGGGGGUAGUCACAGCCUGCCCUCUAAAGACAACUCUCUUCCUCCACACAAAACUACAAGCACCUAAUAACACACACACCCUUCACUCCAAAAAUUUUAAAAUCAUGGCGACUCCUACACCAGCCUCGGAGUCCCCAUCUGGGGAGGGGACCAUAAAUGUCCCCAGGUCGGACUGCCUUUCCGUCGACGACCCUAAGUGUCUUGACACCCCCCUCAACUUUUUCUUCAUUAACUUGUGCAACAUUCGCGGUCUAAGAUCUAAUUUUCAAUCUGUAGAACACCACCUCUCCUCUUCUAAACCUCAUCUUCUUUUCCUCACUGAAACUCAGGUGUCUGAGGCAACUGACAGUAGCCCCUUUUCUGUUCCCUCCUACUUUCUCUAUCCUCAUUUUCGAUCCAAAGCUGGAUGCUGCGUUUACGUGCGCAACGACUUAACCUGCUCUCGUGCCCACGCUCUUGAAUCUUCCGAGUUUUCCACCAUCUGGCUACGACUACAGAGUCAUUCUCAUACUAAAUUUAUCUGUGCUGUAUACCUCUCUCCUAACUCCUCUGACUAUAAGAAAUUCUUUGACUACUUAACUUCCAAAGUGGAGCACAUUCUGACCCUCUUCCCUUUUGCAGAGAUCUCCAUUCUUGGAGACUUCAAUGUUCACCACCAGCUUUGGCUUUCCUCUCCCUUCACUGACCAUCCUGGUGAACUAGCCUACAACUUUGCUAUCCUCCAUGACCUAGAGCAAUUGGUGCAACACCCUACUCGUAUUCCUGACCGUCUUGGAGAUACGCCCAACAUUCUUGACCUUUUCCUGACCUCUAAUCCUUCCGCUUAUGCUGUCACCCUUUCUUCUCCGUUGGGCUCCUCCGAUCACAAUCUCAUAUCUUUAUCUUGUCCUAUCACUCCAAUCCCUCCUCAGGAUCCCCCUAAGCGAAGGUGCCUCUGGCGUUUUGCCUCUGCUAGUUGGGGGGACCUGAGGCGGUAUUUUGCCGAUUUUCCUUGGAAUGACUACUGCUUCCGUGUCAGAGACCCGUCUUUAUGUGCCGAGCGCAUAACAGAGGUGAUAGUGUCUGGCAUGGAGGCGUACAUUCCUCACUCUUUUUCUCGUCCUAAACCUUCUAAACCUUGGUUUAACACAGCUUGUUCUCGUGCUAUACAUGAUAGAGAGGUGGCCCACAAAAGGUACUUAAGCCUUCCUUCACCAGAAUCUCACGCACUUUAUAUUUCUGCCCGGAACCAUGCCAAGUCUGUUCUCCAACUAGCCAAAAACUCCUUCAUUAACAGAAAAUGUCAAAACCUUUCAAGAUCUAACUCCCCUCGUGAUUUCUGGCAUCUAGCCAAAAAUAUCUCCAAUAACUUUGCUUCUUCUUCUUUCCCUCCUCUACUUCAACCAGAUGGCACCACUGCUAUCACAUCUAUUUCUAAAGCUGAACUCUUUGCUCAAACCUUUGCUAAAAACUCUACCUUGGACGAUUCUGGGCUUGUUCCUCCCUCUCCUCCACCCUCUGACUACUUCAUGCCUCGUAUUAAAAUUCUUCGUAAUGAUGUUUUCCAUGCCCUCGCUGGCCUAAACCCUCGGAAGGCUUACGGACCUGAUGGGGUCCCUCCUAUUGUUCUCCGAAACUGUGCCUCCGUGCUUGCACCUUGCCUAGUCAAACUCUUUCAGCUCUGUCUGUCAACAUCUACCUUUCCUUCUUGCUGGAAGUUUGCCUACAUUCAACCUGUUCCUAAAAAGGGUGACCGCUCUAAUCCCUCAAACUACCGUCCUAUUGCUUUAAUUUCCUGCUUAUCUAAAGUUUUUGAAUCUAUCCUCAACAGGAAGAUUCUUCAACAUCUAUCACUUGACAACCUUCUAUCUGAUCGCCAGUAUGGGUUCCGUCAAGGCCGCUCUACUGGUGAUCUUCUGGCUUUCCUUACUGAGUCUUGGUCAUCCUCUUUUAGAGACUUUGGUGAAACUUUAGCUGUUGCCUUGGACAUAUCAAAAGCCUUUGAUAGAGUCUGGCACAAAGCUUUGAUUUCCAAACUACCCUCCUACGGUUUCUAUCCUUCUCUCUGUAACUUCAUCUCAAGUUUCCUUUCUGACCGUUCUAUUGCUGCUGUGGUAGACGGUCACUGUUCUUCUCCUAAAUCUAUUAACAGUGGUGUUCCUCAGGGUUCUGUCCUGUCACCCACUCUCUUCUUAUUAUUCAUUAAUGAUCUUCUAAACCAAACUUCUUGUCCUAUCCACUCCUAUGCUGAUGAUACCACCCUGCACUUUUCCACGUCUUUUCAUAGACGUCCAACCCUUCAGGAGGUAAACAUAUCACGCAGGGAAGCCACAGAACGCCUGACUUUUGAUCUUUCUAAAAUUUCUGAUUGGGGCAGAGCAAACUUGGUAUUGUUCAAUGCCUCAAAAACUCAAUUCCUCCAUCUAUCAACUCGACACAAUCUUCCAGACAACUAUCCCCUCUUCUUCAAUGACACUCAACUGUCCCCCUCUUCUACACUGAACAUCCUCGGUCUGUCCUUUACUUAUAAUCUGAACUGGAAACUUCACAUCUCAUCUCUAGCUAAAACAGCUUCUAUGAAGUUAGGUGUUCUGAGACGUCUCCGCCAGUUUUUCUCACCCCCCCAGCUGCUAACUCUGUACAAGGGCCUUAUCCGUCCAUGUAUGGAGUAUGCUUCACAUGUCUGGGGGGGUUCCACUCAUACUGCUGUUCUAGACAGGGUGGAAUCAAAAGCUUUUCGUCUCAUCAACUCCUCUCCUCUAACUGACUGUCUUCAGCCUCUCUCUCACCGCUGCAAUGUUGCAUCUCUAGCUGUCUUCUACCACUAUUUUCAUGCUAACUGCUCUUCUGAUCUUGCUAACUGCAUGCCUCCCCUCCUUCCGCGGCCUCGCUGCACAAGACUUUCUUCUUUCUCUCACUCCUAUUCUGUCCACCUCUCUAACGCAAGAGUUAACCAGUAUUCUCAAUC